UUUCUCUGAGAACAGCAGAAUGGCGAGGGUGACCAAGUAGUCAGGCAGGAGUGUGUGUGUGUGUGUGAGUGGGUGCAGGGGGAGGCGAGCUAGUCUCCCGCUGGCUGGACUCUGAUACACUCGCCUAAGUCUGGCUCGGUCUGUGUUUCUGCACUCACUAAUAACACGCCAGCAAACUGUGUGCCUUUUGGAUUACUGCUGUGAACUGAUGGUCGGUGGGUUUCUGAAGAAAAGGAAACCGACUGAGUGCGAUAUUAUCAUCUCUGUAAUUGUGACCCUGAAACUACAGUUUUCGGAACUUUGACAGAAGAGGUGAGGAUGGAGGUGCGAGCACUGCUGGUGUUGGUGGUAGUGUGGGUCUCCUCACCAGUUCAACCUUUCCCCACCGCCCGCCCUAACUCCACUCUCCCUAACACGGUGUUGAAAAAGACGGCAGAGACGACAGGUGGGUCAUCUUCGCCAGGAGGGUCGUCCUCGUUGUGGGAGACGGUACUCAGACUUGACCAGAUGCUUCAGAGACCCAACGACUACAACGCUCUCAUGCUCGAAUCCGGGGAAGAGGACGACCAACUCUCAAGACUGCUGUACAAACUCCAGGAAAAAGAGCGACUACGAGAAGAAAGACUUUAUGAAUUGGAAGAAAGGGCCUACAUGAUGUCUAGCGUGAAUGUUCCAUUUACCAACAAUCUCGACAUGAUACCUCAGCGCAGGAUAGUACAGCUUAUCUAAUGAGACAAGCAGCAGCAGCAGCAUUCUAAGAAUGGAACAAGGGACACACUGGCAGAUGCAGAGAGUUGAAGAAAAUCUAUGAAUAAAUUCAUGACAGACAACUCAUCAUCUGAAUGAAACAUGGACCAAAAUAAUUGAGAAAGACAUUCUUUAUACAGUAACUGAAUAAACCCUGACCCAAGGAGACAUGAAAGUAAAGGACCACAGAAUAUGGAACCAGACGUAAAAAGACAAACCACACGGUGGAGGAAAGCUUGGACCAUCUCCUUCCCUCAUCACAAAUCGACUUGAGAAUGGUCCAGGACGGACCGAAACAUCGUCGUCCCUUCACCUUCCAGUGUGUGGUCUGGUCAACACAACUGCCACCUCUUCACUCACAAGAAUUUCAGACCUUGGUACAAAACAGUAAACUUCAACACACAUCUACAAGACGAAUGACACAACUAGCUUCUGAUGGAUACGUCAUUUCAAGCUCCUUCGCAAAAGUGGUGAAAAUUAUGAUACUGGAGGUGAAGGAGAUGGGAUCAGAGGCAACUCAGAAGACAACGGCAGUAAUAAUAUUACCUCUAAUACACCAAGUUCACAGUCUUUCCAGAUGCCGAAAAACAUUACUAAGAAUAUUCAUGUGAUUCCGAGUAUUUUCGUAAUUAUGUAUCCUCUUAGGCUUCUACCACUAUUUCAUACACAUACAACUUCAAUGAAAGGUGUUUAAAAGUCUAAUUUUCUAAUUGUGGUAAAGGUAUCCAGUAGCACUUCUUUUAAUAAAUUAUUUAUUCAC